CAGUACCCUGAGUGUUGAUACCGUUCUCUCUUUCUGAGCAGCUGUAGAAACAGCAGAUGGAAAAUAUGCUCAGAAGUUGUUUAAUGACCUUUUUGAAGAUUAUUCCAAUGCUCUUCGUCCAGUAGAAGACACAGAUAAAGUCCUGAAUGUCACGCUGCAGAUUACCCUUUCUCAGAUUAAGGAUAUGGAUGAAAGAAACCAAAUUCUGACCGCCUAUCUAUGGAUCCGCCAAAUCUGGCACGAUGCGUAUCUCACGUGGGAUCGAGACCAGUAUGAUGGGCUGGACUCCAUCAGGAUUCCCAGUGACCUGGUGUGGAGGCCAGACAUUGUUCUUUAUAACAAGGCUGAUGACGAGUCUUCAGAGCCGGUAAAUACCAAUGUGGUCCUGCGGUACGAUGGACUCAUCACCUGGGAUUCACCAGCCAUCACCAAAAGUUCCUGUGUGGUGGAUGUCACCUACUUCCCCUUUGAUAACCAGCAGUGCAACCUGACUUUUGGUUCCUGGACCUACAAUGGCAAUCAGGUGGACAUAUUCAACGCUCUGGACAGUGGAGAUCUCUCGGAUUUCGUCGAAGAUGUGGAAUGGGAGGUCAAUGGCAUGCCUGCCGUGAAGAACGUGAUCUCCUACGGCUGCUGCUCUGAGCCUUACCCAGAUGUGACCUUCACCCUCCUUCUGAAGAGGAGGUCCUCAUUCUAUAUAGUCAACCUCCUCGUCCCUUGUGUCCUCAUAUCUUUUCUCGCUCCCUUGAGUUUUUAUCUUCCAGCAGCCUCUGGGGAGAAGGUCUCCCUGGGAGUGACCAUCCUAUUGGCCAUGACUGUGUUUCAGCUCAUGGUGGCAGAGAUCAUGCCAGCCUCAGAAAAUGUCCCUCUGAUAGGAAAAUACUACAUAGCCACCAUGGCCUUGAUCACAGCCUCCACGGCCUUGACCAUAAUGGUGAUGAAUAUCCACUUCUGCGGGGCCGAGGCCCGGCCCGUGCCUCACUGGGCCAGGGUGGUCAUCCUGAAGUACAUGUCCAGGAUCUUGUUUGUCUACGACGUGGGGGAGAGCUGCCUCGGCCCUCGCCACAGCAGGGAGCGGGACCACCUCCCCAAGGUGUAUGGCAAACUCCCAGAGUCCAACCUGAACACAGCCAGGAACAAAGACCUUCCCAGAACAAAGGAAAUGAACAAACUCUUAAAGAAUGACCUGGGGUGCCAGGGUGAGAACCCACAGGGUGCGGAUGGUUACUGUGCACGGUAUGAAGCGCUGACAAGAAAUAUCGAGUACAUAGCCAAGUGCCUCAAAGAUCACAAGGCCACCAACUCCAAGGGGAGCGAAUGGAAGAAGGUUGCGAAAGUCAUAGACCGGUUUUUCAUGUGGAUUUUUUUCAUCAUGGUGUUUGUGAUGACUAUUUUGAUCAUAGCAAGAGCGGAUUAGGAGAUAUUUGAUACCUGGGGUGAAAUCAAUAAAAUUCCCUGCGAUCUCCUCCAGUGUUCUUUUAAGCCAGAUUGUUGUUCAAAUGUAGUUUAGGGGUUUUGUUGUUUGUACUUUUUAUUUUUGACUUCAAGUCCACAUUGCAGCUAUCUGUCAGGUUAAAAGGCGAUCCAAAAGUUCAAAGGCCGGGAAACUGGAGGAAAUAAGGAAAGACUCCUUUCAUAACCUUCCAGAAUGUUGGGUGACACCUCUAAUUGACACAACUAUUCACCUCUUUUGCUGUUCAGAUAACAAAGCACUGCAAAUUAGUGUUUAAAAUUUAAAGGAAAAAAAAAAAAAGAAAAAACAAGACAAAAACGUUUUCCCAUUCUUCCCUUAGUUCAUACUAAAAUAUGCUUUUUGUUGUUGUUGGAAAAUUCUUCCUUUAAUUGAAUCUAAUGACAUCUCUUAGACUUUUCUUUGACUUAGCUUGUCAUCAUGGUUAGCUCUGACAAAGGGUUUCUCCUGAGCAAAUAUUUCCCCUUUAGUUCCCUCUUUUCUCAACUCACUUUCUAAAACAUGCUCUGAGAAUGAUUUAAGUCUCAGUGGUAAGUUUGCUAGGCAGGGUACAUUUCAAGCCAAAUCUCAAGUGGUAGAAAAAAGGUUUUGUCCUACAUGAAGUUUAAGGGUCAGCAAUCCAAAAGGGAAGAGAAUUUCUUUUAUGUUGAUGUCUACAUGUUGGUUAUGUUGUAUAUAAACCCUAAAGAUGAGGUCAUUCCCACAUUAUCUUUUCUUAAAAUAAGAUAAAUAAAGUUGUUUCUACAUUUAGUCUCUGACUAAAAUAAGGUCAUCAGCAAGCUGAGCUCAUUCGUUCAACUAUUCAAACAUUUAUUUUCUCCUACAUAUAAUAAAGCAACAUGAUUUGUAUUUGCAUUGGCUAGCACGGCAAAUCUUGUGAUCAUCACCACAAUUCUUUGAGAUAGGCAGGCAGAUAUUGCUGUUCUUUCUCAGAGGGAGAAACUGUAGCUUAGAAAAGUGGGUGUAAGUGACCUACAUCCUCAAUGUCCAACUAGGCUGGGAUUCAACUCUUGGUACUAUGGCUCCAAGUGGGACCAGAGUUGCUGAAGCCACACGGCUUUUGACCACAACAGAUUGUAACUUAGAAGAGACUAGGGAUUUUCAUUCUUUAUUCUAAACUUUCUGCCUUAAUUUACUUCCUGUGUAUCUCAAUUCCUUUCCUACUUUCAAUCAAAUAUACCUUCAAAGGUGGCCAUGCCUAAUUUUCACAACCUGUGUGUGUGUGUGUUAAGUUACAGGGCAAUGAGGAAUUAAGAUUGUAGAUCAAAUGACCUUAAGAUGGGGAGAUUAUCUUGGAUUAUCCAGGAAGGUCCAGUGUAAUCAUGAGGAUCCUUAUAAGUGGAAGAAAGAGGCAAAAGAGGGUACCAAAGAGAUGAUGUCAUGAGAAGGACCCGACCAAGGUUGCUGGCUUUGAAAAUGGAGAAAAGGAGCCAUGAACCAACAAUAUGAGUAGCUUCUAGAAGCUAAGAGAAUUCCUUUUUGCCUCUCCUUUUCUCAAUUAUAAUCUGACGUGGCAAAGAAACACAUUGUUCCCAAGAGCCUCUGGAAGAAAAGCAGUCAUGUUGAACACUGAUUUUAGCACAGCAAGACUCCUUCCAGACUUCUAACCCUCCACAACUCUGAGAUAAUAAGUGAUUUUAAGGCACUAAGUUUGUGACAAUUUGUUAGAGUGGUAACAGAAAGCCAAUACAGUUCUCAUGAGCAUUACUGUGUGCUAUGGUGUCAGUAAGUCUCUCUACCAGUGCGUUGGAGGUUUAGACCUCAGGGUGGUAGUAUUGGGAAGCGUUGGAACCUUAAGAAAUGAGGUCAAGCCAGGUGUGGUGGUGCUUGCCUAGAAUUCCAGUGACAGGAGGCUGAGGCAAGAGGCACAAGUUCAAAGCCAGUGUUAGCCACUUGGUGAGGCCCUGAGCAGCUUAAUGAGACCCUGUCAUAAUAAAAAA